AUGGGGCAUGCAACUGACAAUGCAAUCGUCAACAAACAAUUCUUGCACAAUGUUACACCAAACGUUCAAAUAAACCAAAUGAACUGGUGUAGUUAUAUCAUCCAAUGCUUGCAACACGCCAAAACCGCAUGGGCUCCUAAAAAGCAUUACACAGGGUCGCUAAUCGUACUUGCGCUUGCCUUGGUGAACGAUGCUUGCAAUAGGAAAAAAUGGGACCAAAAAGAAGGAUACCCAAUUGAGUGGGUUACAACAGAAACUCUUGACUUAUUUGAGAGUACAAUGGUAAAACACCUUGUGCGCAAUGAAGUAAAAAGGAAAACAGUCAAAAAAGGUAAAGGAAGCAAGCCCCAAAAAGCAAGAAAAAUGCAGGUUGUUGUUCAUGAGGAAGAUGAUGGUGAUGAUGUAGAGAAUGAAGAUAAAGAUGAUGUUCACAAGGUCGAUGAGCAUGAUGAUGAGUUUGAUGAUGAUGAUGAUGAUGAUGGUUUUGAUCAUGAUGAUCAUUAUAACUAUGAGGUGCAAAACGCCAUGCCCUUCAAUGAUGAUGAAGAGGCUUCACUUCAAAGGAUGGUGAAUGAGGAUAGAGAAAGUCGGGAAACGAUGUUUGAAGUUUCUGCAUCAGGAAACCAUACUCUUAUCAGAGGAGUAACACAGUAUGAAAACAUUUAUCUUGAUGAAGAAGAACAAAACAAAGAACCUGAAGAGGAAAUGGCUGAUAAAUUGGAUGGAGCAUACAAAGAAUUAGAAGACUGUUACAAUAAAAUGAGCACAUUGUUAAAACAAUCAAAGACUGAAUACCCAAACAGCCUCCUGGUACACAUUAAAUACUCACAAUGUAUGACAUUGUUGGAGAACAUCUCAAAAUUUGUUGAUGAAAACGCCAAAGAAAUGCCAGCUGAAACAGAAGAAGAUACAGAAGAAACUGGGGAUGAAAAUGAGGUGGUACUAGGAGAUGAAAAUGAACAAGAAGGGGAAAAGGAGAUGGCUGAAAAAGAAAACGCCAUUGAAGAGCAAACAGUUCAUGAAAACGCCAAAGAAUUUGAAAAUAAAGAACAAGGAGAGGAAGGAUGUGAAAAUGAAGAAGAAAGGGAGAAGGAGAUGGCUGGAAUUGAAAACGCCAUUGAAGUGGAAACAGUUGAUCAAAACGCCAUGGAAGUGGAAAUAGUUCAUGAAAACGCCAUUGAAGUUGAAAAUGAAGGAAAAGGAAAAGAAGAAGGAGAAGGAAAAAGAAAAGGGGAAGGAGAAGAAGAAUAG